AUGCUGUAUUCAAAGCAAAAAGUAGCAAAGGCUGUUCUUGUAUUAAUCUUCUUUACUGUGGUGCUGAUAGGAAUCACACUAGUGUCGCUCAACAACGGACGCAACGGCACCAGAAGUCUGAGAUCGUUUGUCUCGGAGGAUACAUCCACGUCACCAGAGAGCAUCGACGAAGCACUUCAAUAUUUCAUCUACGGUGCUAAAUAUUUAUUAGCAGCUGUAAAGUCUACAGUGAGUGACAAUUCGGCAAACAUAACCGCUGUUUCACAUUCGAUCACUGUAGUGAAGGAUCGCAUGCAAAUGCUACUUUCUGAGUUUGAACAUCACCUACAUAGAACGGAAAUUUUAUCUUUCUUAUCGUUGCCAGUUAUCAACAACCACAAUUUCUCGUACAUCUACAAUCGUGAAGACAUUUGCUCAAAGAAAGCAGUCAAGCUUGUUUUCGUUGUGCCGUCUGCUCCUGGUAACGUUGAGAAACGACAGACUGUACGCAAAGGAAGCAGGGGGGAUUAUGUCAGAAAAAAUGCAAAUAAUACAAUUUUGCUAUUUUUCCUUGGCAAACCGUCCCCGGGAUCAAACUACUUAUCACUUCAGACAAAAAUUGACGAAGAAGUGAAAGAAUUCGGAGAUAUAAUACAAGCAGAUUUUGAAGAUGUUUACAGUAACAACAGAUUAAAGUCUGUAUCGAUGUUAAGAUGGAUCAGCACAUACUGUAGCACCGCUAAGUUUGUCAUCCGCGCAGACGAUGACGUUAACAUUACCACUGUAGAAGUAGUAUCAGCAUUAGAACGAGCUGCAGAAACCCUAAGCAAUUUCAUAAUAGGGCAUAAACUCAUAGCGGAUCGACCUUCACGAAAUGUCAAAAACAAAUAUUAUCUUUCCAAAAAAGAAUAUCCUCCUCCGACAUUUCCUCCUUACCUUCUUGGCGGACUUCUGGUCUACCCAGUGAGUACAGCUAAACUCCUGUACCAAGCCGCGCUAAGAGUGAAGCCUAUUUGGCUAGAGGAUGUCUAUAUUACUGGAAUAUGCGCCACCAAAGUCUACAUCCCAAUCCUCUCCGAUCCUGGAGUUGUGUUUCAGCAUCGAAAGUCUUAA